ACUAGCUCGUAAUCAGGAUAUUGGAUAUUGGAAGUUAGCAAACAAUACAGGCGGGGUUUAUAAAUUACUCAUGAUCAGCUGAUUAUGUCGACUGACAACAAAAACCAUAAUGAAGUGGAGGUUCUGGAAUAUACUACCGUGAAAGCCAGUUAUGAAUCGCUUAACAAGCGGUACAGACGUAAUCACAGAGAUAUGGAAAAAGGCGUAGCGGCAUUAAAUAAAUCGCUUGAUGAGUUAGAAAAUGCAUCAGAUAUCUCUAAAGCAGCUGAAGCUCUUCAGAGAGUCUUGGAAACUAUGUGCGGUGUGAAGCGCAAGGCUGAAUACAUGUGUUUCGAAGAAAGAAAACUAUUGAAGUCGUGCAAACGGCGAAUCGAACAUCUGAGUCAACUAUGUCUGCUCAACAGUGGGAUCCAUUGCAAGGUUUCAGAUGAGGUAACUGGGAGUACUGGAGGUGGUCAAAAGUCUGAGGAAUCGGUUUCAAAAAACGUCAGCAUUGAGUCAGAAGUUACAACUAAACCUCGUUUGUCUCAUCCUUUUGAUGAAUCCUCAGUUAGUUUGGCCAGAUUUCAAAGGCACUUGACGGAUUAUCUUUUUACAAGCGGUCAACCCCAGUCUGCCUUAAAAUUUGCCCAAGAAAAACAAGAACUUGGUGAUCUGUGUAUGUUGGAGGUUUAUGAUGAGGCUGUGUCUAUCGAAAAAGCACUUUUAGAAGGAGACACGGGUCCAGCAUUUGCUUGGUUACAAGAAGCCAACUUCAAGUUGAAAAAGAAUGACUCUUAUUAUGAAUUUGAUCUUCGUGUCUUCGAAUUCUAUCUGCUUGUUAAACAAGGGAAACGAAUCGAUGCCAUCCAACAUGCCAGAAAAUACAUGAGUUCGAUAAAACAGGAUGAUGACUACCGCGCCAAUAAACUUGGUCAAGCAAUGAUUUUACUGGCAAUGCGUACACCUGAAGAACUACAAAGUAAAGCGGAUCAAAACAAGUUAACUGAAAAGUGGAUAGUGAAAAGAACACAUGAAGUACUUAUGGAAUUUUAUGCCUAUAGUGUCUACUCUCCAUUUCAACUGGCUGUUAACGCUGGAAUUACAGCAAUCAAAACCCAGUAUCCUUUUACUUUGUCAACAGUAUCUAUUAUUUGAAUGUUAAGUUUCACCUUAUUUUGUUAACGGGACCUAUUGAUCAUUUCUGUGCAGUAGUAAGUGUAGGAUUAAAUGCGCCUACAGAUAUUCUAUCCUCACUGUCAAUCCUGACGCCACAUAGUUUAGGCUUGACUAUAGUUACAAGUCAGGUAACUUAACGUAAACUUUGUCUGUUUCUAAAAUAUAGAAGAAAUAAUAAAGUUACAUAAAGAUAACAAUACAGAGACAACUGUCCAUGAAAGAAGGACAAACACAUACUGAACAGUAUUGUGAUGUGUGGAACAAAAUGGUUAGUGAAUUACAUUCACGUACAUAUGAGAAAUAGAAUAGAAUACUCAUCCAAGAUCAACCACCAGUGGUGGAAGUUUACACUAAAAUAAUCACAUGGUAAUCACGAGAGACAAGGCGAGGUCAUACAUAUCGGUGGACUGUCAUCAAUCCUGUCUGUCGUGAUUAACAGUAGGUAUCAUCUUACGUAGGAGUUUGUAAUAAUGAAGUUCAUAUUUUAGCUUAACUUGCAUGCUGUUACAAAUAACCAAAAUGUGCAAGCAACUAGCUAUUUUUCAUUUAUUUUAACUUCUUGUAAACUGCAUGUUACUAAGUUUACGAAGUCUUUUCUACUCUUAACAGAGGCUCGACCUUCAGUAACCGUUCUUUUUACUGCGGUUUGAAAUGUCAGAUUGCAUCACUACGCCUUGAACAAUGCGUUUGGUUCAUGGUCUAAUGCAAAACAAAACACGUACUUUUGCUAAGCUUCAUUUUAUUAUUUAUCAAUUUUCUACAUCCUUAACUCAAAUGGUUUUGUAAUUCCAGCUAUUGUUACAAUCCAAGUACUCAACACAGGGAUUGUGCUGUUUGUCAUCCAUUAAUUAAUCAGUUGGCAGUGAAUUUACCUUUUGCGCGUCAUGAUCAUUCAAUACUGACAUGCUACAAAACUGGUCUUCCUAUGAAUGAUGACAAUCCUCCUAUGUCUUUACCAAACGGCUAUGUGUAUAGUCAAAAGGGUAUUGCUGAAUUAACUCAUUCAGACGGAACAAUAACAUGUCCACGUUCAGGAAAAACUUUCGAAAGUUCUCAGGUUCAAAGAGUUUAUAUAGUCUAAUAAUUACUUGCAUCUCUCUUUUAAUUUGAUUGUUUUCUUUUCAUUUUCAUCAUUUCUUAUUAUACGCUUUUUGACAGUAGCUGUAACUAACUAAGAUGUGUACAAAAUAAUAUCCUUAUGUUAAAGUUUAAUGAUUGUUACUGAUUUGAACAAAAACAUGAUAUCGAUUCAAUUGUUACAAUAUACGUAUUGUAUACAGCUACAUAAUAUAAUUUUCAAAUAACUAA